AUGAGUCCAGCACCACCAGUCUCAAGAAUGGCGGAGUCCGCGUCUCACUCGGUUCCCACCUUUGAUGGUACCCAAGAACAUGCCUUGAGUGGUGCACCUGAACCUAGUCUCAAUGGUGUUCAGGCACUCCCUUCUAUUGAUGUUGAGGCAUCAAUCGCCAACGGGCCUCCUGUUUCCCCUUACAGCGGAAUACAAGCGCCCACCCUUAAUGGUGCUCCAGGACUCGCCAUUCAUGAUGUCCAGGCGCCCAUCUUCAACGGGGUCCAGACACCCACUCUGCACGGUGUUCCAGCAUUGACCUUCAAUGGGCCUCCUGUUCCUCUUCAUAACGAUGUUCAUGCACCCGCCAUCCACGAUGUCCAGGCACCCACUCUGCACGGUGCUCAGGCAUCAACUUCCAACGGGCCUCCUGCCUCUCUUUAUAACGGGGUGCAAACGCCCAUUUCAAAUUGUGCCCCAAGACCCGCCCACCAAGGUUUUCAGAUACCCACCUUCAACGAGGUCCAGGCACCAUCUUGCAACUGGAAUCAGGUUUCACCCCACCACGGUGCCCAUGCACCCGCCUUUAACGUCGCUCAGUCACCCGUCUUUACCAACGCUCGUGGACCCACUUUUAACGAGGUGCAGGCACCCACCGACAACCAGACUUAUGUACCCGCCUACAAUGGUGUCCAGGCAACAAACUACUAUGGUAACCAAGAACCCACCUUUCACGGUGCUCAGGCACCUACUCACAAUGGAACACUGGCGUCCGUGUUCUACGGUGCCCGGGCACCAACCUUCCAGGGUACCCAGGCACCUAACUCAUGCGGUUUUCAAGUACCGACCUACAACGGGACUCAAGUUCCAUCCCACACUUGUACUCACGCUCUUGCCUCCAAUAGCGCGCAGGCACCCAUUUUUACCUGGACACACGGACCCACUCUCAACCGUGUUCAGGCACCCACCUUCCACGGGACUCAUGUUCCCGUAUACAACGAUACCCCAGCAUCCGCUAUCCACGGGUCCCGCAUGCCCGUCUACAAAUAUUCCCAAACAUACCCACAUUACUCAGUGCAAGCACCCACAACCUAUGGGGUCCCGCCACACCUCGGCCAUUGGGGGAAAACUCAUCCCUGGGAGGUCCAUCCGAUGAUGGCCCAGAGCACGAGCACGCUUUGUGGUCCCUUUAAACCCCAAUUUAGUGGAGGAGACCUUGAGGACCCACUCGUGUUCUUGAACGAGAUGGAGCAAUACAUCGAACACCCCGACGCAUCUUAG